AAAAAAAGAAAUCACAAACUUCCAGGAAACUCAACUCAACACCCCUCUCCCCUUUCCUUUUAUCAGAUCUCCAUCAAAUAUCCCCCCACUUUCUCUAUCUACCUCAACACUUUCUCUCUCUACCCACCACCCAACACAACACAAUGCUGCAUCACAGCUAGAGUCUUAAGUCUUCCCUCUGUCACCAUUUUCCUGUUUGGGGACUUACCAAAUUACCAUAAUACCCCCAAAUGGGUGGCUGCACCUCCAAACCCACUUCCGGUCACUACACCAUAGAUGAUAAUAAUAUUCCAGUAGUUAGAACCGAUGAUGACGAUAGUAAAGUAGCCGAAACGACGUCGGAUAAGAACCUGAACCCACCAAAGUCCCCAUUUUUUCCGUUUUACAGCCCCAGUCCUGGCCGGAACUGGUUCUCCAAAAAAUCAUCUCCGGCGAAGUCUCCGGCGCCGAAUGCGACGCCGAGGAGGUUUUUCCGGCGACCCUUUCCGCCGCCGUCGCCGGCGAAGCAUAUUAAGUCGCUGUUGGCGCGGCGGCAGGGGUCGGUGAAGCCGAACGAGGCGGCGAUACCUGAAGGGGAUGAAGUUGAAGGGGUUUCUGGGUUGGAUAAGAGUUUUGGGUUUUUGAAGAAUUUUGGGGGGAAAUUUGAGGUGGGUGAGGAGGUUGGAAGAGGGCAUUUUGGGUAUACUUGUAAAGCUAAGUUUAAGAAAGGGGAGCUUAAGGGUCAAGAUGUUGCAGUCAAAGUUAUUCCAAAGUCAAAGAUGACAACAGCCAUAGCUAUUGAAGAUGUGAGAAGGGAGGUGAAGAUAUUGAGAGCUUUGACAGGACAUAAUAACUUAGUGAAGUUUUACGACGCGUAUGAAGAUCAUGAAAAAGUCUAUGUUGUUAUGGAGUUAUGUGAAGGAGGGGAGCUCUUAGAUAGAAUACUUUCAAGAGGAGGGAAAUACUCGGAAGAUGAUGCUAAAUCCGUAUUGACACAAAUACUAAGCGUUGUUGCGUUUUGUCACCUUCAAGGUGUUGUUCACCGGGACUUGAAACCAGAGAAUUUCUUGUUUACGUCCAAGGAUGAAAAUUCACCGCUUAAGGCCAUAGAUUUCGGUUUGUCAGACUUCGUGAAGCCUGAUGAAAGGCUUAAUGAUAUAGUGGGCAGCGCGUAUUAUGUGGCACCUGAAGUUCUUCAUAGAUCAUACAGUACAGAGGCAGAUGUAUGGAGUAUUGGUGUUAUUGCAUAUAUUCUUCUGUGUGGCAGCCGACCUUUCUGGGCUCGAUCCGAAUCCGGGAUUUUUCGGGCUGUUUUGAAAACCGACCCGAGUUUUGAUGAAGUACCCUGGCCCACGCUAUCAUCCGAGGCCAAAGAUUUUGUCAAACGUUUAUUAAUUAAAGAUCCAAGGAAAAGAUUGACGGCUGCUCAAGCCCUCAGUCAUCCAUGGAUUAGAAGUAAGGCCAUUGAAGUGAAAGUGCCUCUUGAUAUAUCUAUAUUAAGACUCAUGAAGAACUAUAUGCGUUCUUCUGCUCUUCGUAAAGCUGCUUUACGGGCUUUAUCGAAGACGUUGACCAUAGAUGAGCUGUUUUAUCUAAAGGAGCAGUUUUCUUUGUUGGAACCGAGCAAAAGCGGAACCAUAAACAUGGAAAAUAUAAAAGCGGCCUUGACGAAACAUGCUACAGAUGCCAUGAAGGAGUCACGAGUCCAUGAUUUCCUAGCAUCGCUUAGCGCGCUUCAAUACCGAAGAAUGGAUUUCGAGGAGUUUUGUGCAGCUUCCGUUAACAUUUAUCAGCUCGAGUCUCUCGAUAGAUGGGAACAACAUGCUCGUUGUGCCUAUGAACUAUUUGAAAAAGAUGGAAACCGAGCCAUAAUGAUUGAAGAACUCGCUUCCGAACUCGGUCUCAGCUCAUCGGUCCCAGUACAUGCAGUCCUUAAUGACUGGAUCCGACACACUGACGGAAAGCUCAGUUUCCUUGGAUUUGUGAAAUUAUUACAUGGUGUCUCGAGUCGGGCCCCUGCUAAUAAACCUCAAUAACACAUGUUUAUGGGGUCGGCAUGGUGUAAAGACGAUCCGGUCGAAUUUAUGUUUGCAUUUGAAGUUAAAAGUGGGAGAUACAUCCUUUUAUACAUCAUUUUUCUGACUAGAAAAACAAUGUAUGCAAUUGCCAUUGUAUCUGUACUGUAUCAGCAUCGUCGUCAUCAUCAUUAGAAGUUGCAUGUUCAAAUCAACUAUGGGCGCAACUUUCAACCCUCUUUGCACCAGUGACAUAUGAUAAUAGGAUACGGAUGGUGUUUUCACCUUUCGGUAACUUGGUGAUGGCGAGUAAGUCGUUUAUACUAACUUGUACUUUGUCCAUUAAAGGUUGUACUUUGCUUCGGGCAAUGCCGAAUCUUGAUUAGUUAUUAUAUAUACUGUGACAUCUUGCAUUCCUUCAA